AUGGAACGAAUAUUCCGCUCCGCGCUGAGAAGCGCAACCCCCGGCGCCGUCUUCUGCCUCACCCUCGACGGCCUGGGCCUAUUCUGCGCCUGCACGCUGGUCUGGGAGCACCUGAUCACCGUGCAGCUCAGCGAAGGACCCUCGAUGUACCCGACGUUCAAUCCGCGGGGCGAUUACCUGAUGAUAUCGCGGGUGCACAAGUACGGGCGGGGGAUUGAAGUAGGGGAUGUGGUUCGGUUCUACCAUCCGACGUUCCUGGGCGUCAAUGGUGCGAAGAGAGUGUUGGGGAUGCCGGGCGAUUUUGUCUGCAGGGAUCUGCCGUUCAGUACGGAGGUGGGCACGAGCCGGGAGAUGAUACAGGUACCCGAAGGCCAUGUGUAUCUCGGCGGGGACAACCUGCCCUGGUCGAGAGAUUCGAGGAAUUAUGGACCUAUUCCUAUGGGAUUGAUCAAUGGGAAAAUUAUCGCUCGUGUUUGGCCGCCGUCGAAGAUGCAAUGGGUGGAGAAUACACUGCAGCCGGCUCAGUUGGACGAGGAAUAG